UAAAGUGAACAAAUUAGGGUUUUUUUUUAGCGAUCCCAUUUAUAUAGUUACUGCCUCUUUGUUUUUCCAUUUGUCUUCUCCUUCAGCAGCAGCAGCAGGAAUAGCAGCAAAACCCUAAUUUGAAGACCUAAUCAUGCCGAAGCAAAUCCACGAGAUCAAGGAUUUCCUUCUAACAGCAAGGAGGAAGGAUGCACGAUCUGUCAAGAUCAAGAAGAACAAGGAUAUGGUUAAGUUCAAGGUUCGCUGCUCCAAGUAUCUUUACACACUCUGUGUGUCCGACUUUGAGAAGGCUGACAAGUUGAAGCAGUCACUUCCUCCAGGUUUGAGCGUCCAAGACCUUUGAAGAUGGAAGAGUUACUGUAAGAUUGAUUAGAAGAUACUCGAGAAUUCGUAGAACUAUUAUGUUCCUUUACCAUUUUCUUAUCCUGUCGAAUAUCUAAAGUUUUGUUCAUUCUACAUAUUGUGUUGCUUUUUUGACUUAUUUUUGAACCCUUUAUGGUGUUGGCAAGAAAUUUUGGUGUUUGCUUUGGUUGAUUUGCCUGAA